UUUUCUAGCAACUGUUGCCCGGUGAGGCAGCAGCGCCAUAGUCACCGUAGUCCUGGAGACUGUAACCCACCAACAACAACCUCUCGCUUCAUCAUUUACCACCACCACCACCUCCUCCACCACCAUCCUCAUACUCAUCCGCCAGUCCACAGCUCAGGCGCCAUGCAGACCCCUGAAGCAGGCGCCGACUCCAACUCCACAGUCCCUAUCCAGACCACCGUGCCUGUUCAGCCCGCGGGCUCCACCCAGCAGCUGCCUGUCCAGCAACAGACACAGACUGUUCAACAGGUCCAGCAUGUUUACCCAGCACAGGUGCAGUAUGUGGAGGAAAACAGCGGCGUCUACACCAAUGGCAACAUAAGAACCUAUUCGUACUCCGAGCCACAGCUAUACAGCCAGAACAGCGGAGGAAGCUACUUUGACACACAAGGGAGCUCGUCUCAAGUGUCUACAGUGGUCACCUCCCAUGGCAUGGCUAGCAACGGCGGAGGGGGCAGCGGCGGCAUGAGCAUGGGCCUGGCCGGGGGUCAGGUAAUCAGCGGUGGCUCCGGGGCCUACCUCAUGGACAACGCCGUAGCCCACCCAGCUACCCAAACGGCACGGGCGUCCCCGGCUACCAUUGAAAUGGCGAUUGAGACGCUCCAAAAAUCUGAAGGUUUAUCCAGUCAGAGAAGCUCGCUGCUCAACAGCCAUCUGCAGUGGCUGCUGGACAACUACGAAACAGCAGAGGGCGUGAGUUUACCACGAUCCACCCUCUACAAUCACUACCUGCGCCACUGCCAGGAGCAAAAGCUGGACCCAGUGAAUGCAGCCUCUUUUGGGAAACUCAUCCGCUCUAUCUUCAUGGGACUCCGUACAAGGCGCCUCGGGACAAGGGGCAACUCCAAAUAUCAUUACUAUGGUAUACGUGUCAAGCCUGAUUCGCCACUUAACAGACUCCAGGAGGACAUGCAGUAUAUGGCCCUCAGACAGCAGCCAGUUCAGCAGAAACAGAGAUUCAAGCCGGUGCAGAAGUUUGACACCAGCUCUGCAGAGAACUACUCAAGCGGGGGUCACAACCAGCCGGGCGCAGCCGAGCAGACUGUUAUUGCACAGAGUCAGCACCACCAGCAGUUCUUAGAUGCAUCACGGGCUCUCCCUGAUUUUGCGGAGCUGGACCUUGGGCAGAGUAAUCCGGAGAACAUCAGUGCGGAGGACGUGAAGGCUCUCCAGUCGCUUUACAGGGAGCACUGUGAGGCCAUCCUGGAUGUGGUCAUCAACCUCCAGUUUAGUCUCAUCGAGAAACUGUGGCAAACAUUCUGGCGUUACACUCCGCCCGACUCUGUAGAGGGCGCCACUGUAACAGAAAACAGCAGUAUAAGUGAAAUCGAAGUCCGGCUCCCGCAGCCGCAGCUACUGGCGCUGUGCCGAAACGAGGCGGUGCUCAAGUGGAUGAGCACCUGCGACCAUCUGAUGUACCAGGCCCUUGUGGAGAUUCUCAUCCCUGAUGUCCUGAGACCCAUUCCCAGUGCCUUGACUCAAGCCAUUCGCAAUUUUGCCAAAAGCCUGGAAAGUUGGCUGAAUAAUGCCAUGAACGUGAUCCCACAGAGGAUGAUCCAGACCAAGGUUGCCGCUGUUAGUGCCUUUGCGCAAACACUACGCAGAUACACGUCUCUGAACCAUCUGGCUCAGGCGGCCCGUGCCGUGUUGCAGAACACGUCACAGAUCAACCAGAUGCUGAGCGAUCUCAAUCGCGUCGACUUUGCCAACGUGCAGGAGCAAGCGUCGUGGGUGUGCCAGUGCGAGGAGGGCAUGGUUCAGCACUUGGAGCAGGACUUCAAGGCCACGCUACAGCAGCAAAGCUCCCUGGAGCAGUGGGCGGCCUGGCUGGAUAACGUGGUCACUCAAGUGCUGAAGCCCUAUGAGCAGCGGCCCAGCUUCCCCAAGGCGGCCCGGCAGUUCCUACUCAAGUGGUCCUUUUACAGCUCUAUGGUGAUCCGGGAUCUGACACUGCGCAGUGCUGCCAGCUUCGGUUCUUUUCACCUGAUCCGCCUGCUCUACGAUGAGUAUAUGUUCUACCUAGUGGAGCACCGCGUGGCCCAAGCCACUGGAGAGACGCCCAUCGGUGUCAUGGGCGAGUUUGACAGCCUCAACAGCCUGUCACUCUCAAACAUCGAUAAAGAUGAAACGAGCGGACUGGAUAGCGAUUUGGAUGACGAGUCGGAAGAGUCGGGGGAACCCCUGGCCAAACGUGAGAAGUCCGAACACGAGGUGAUCCAGGUCAUUCAGGUCGGCGGUCUGGAGGACGGAUCCCACCCUGUGGUGGGUGUGGUCCAGCCCGGCGUCCUCCACUCACUGCCACAGCCCCCGCAAGACCACAGCGAGCACAUCUUAACCCCCUCGGCCGGCACCCCGACCAUCCGCCACUGCAGCGCCACAGGCAACACCUACGCCUCGGUUUGAUGGUGUGAGAGGACAUGUCUGACCUUGUCUCGCUUUCCCCACAUAUCUGUCAGCCUCCAUGUUUACAUCUCUUUUGUCUCUGUCUGCACUCGGGUCGACACAGUCCAGCCCGGUCCAUGCGGAAGAGCGCUUGGGGUAUUGAUACCGUGGCCAGGAUGCUGCCUCUUGUAAUAAGUCUUUGUUUUAGCAGCAACAAACGGAGGAAGAUGACACCGCUUGUCUAUAAAACAGGGUUAAGCUCUCACGAAAAUCCUUCAAACUACUGAUGUCUCUGAGCUCCAAUAGCCCAUUGUACAUAGAUGUACUGUACGUUUUGAUUAGUAUAACCCAAAAACAUGGUGCUAUCAUUGUGUUGGAAUUAGUUGCUGAACAAGAACUAUUUUGGACGAUUGUAUGUAGCUGUUAUGUACGGCAUUGGACCAACCACGAUGGGGCGGUAGCCUUUAUAUAUCACAAGCUGCGUAACGCUUUUAGCCUCCACUAAAACGGACCCCCGUAAGGAAUAAGUGCGCUGCUACUCUUGUAAAUAGGAGGAAGACAUCAGCUGUACAAAUCCACAUCCUCUCACCAGUAGACUAUUAUGCACUCAAUACAUAACGUUUGCCUUUUGUCCAUGUUAAUCACAAAGAAAUCAGCCUGCUGGACAUGUUCCCGUUUUUUGCAGUUUUCUGUCUCAAUCAAAUUUACUACAUUUACAAAAAGGACCAAAAAAAAGAAAAAAACAACAACCCAAUGAGAGGCGGCUGAGAAUGAGCCAAUAGCUGUUGUGCCAUGUCUCAGAGCAGAAGGAAUGUCAGGGAUUUAAUGUACCUCCGCUUUAUCACAGUGCCUUAUUCCAAAAUACUGCUGUUCUCAGUGUCCUGACUAGCCACUGUCACCCCAUCUUUUACUUUUUUGGGUUCCUUGAUUUGUUUUGCUUUUUGCAGCAUCCCCCAACACAGGCUAGGCUCUUUUGGUUGGUUGGAUUUGGGCUGGCUCAUCAUUGUUUCGACCGAGGGAUGCAGUCACAGACACAACUGUUGCUUUCGUCGGGAUCAGCGCCGCUAAGCUUCUUACAUCUUUGACUCAUGAUGGUUGGACUCAUCCCUCCUUUCAGUCCUGUUCCAACUCCUUUCUUCUGUAUCUCCUUUUCCUAGCCAUAAUCCUGAUUUUUUUUUUCUGCUCUCGGUACAUUUUAUCCUGGUUUGACGUCUGCAGUACCGUACCUCUUUUCCCCACCCUUAUUCAUGUUCCUGCUUUCUCCCUUUCUCCCUCCUGCCCUCACACUACUGCUACGGAACCCACUCCUGCUUCUGCUCUCCAACCCUCAUUCCUGCUCCUGUGCCCACUCCAGUACUGUAUAUCUCCUCCCCCACAUUUCCCAUCCCUGCUCAUGUUUGCUAUCUCAGUUUAUACCCCUGCCCUCUGUACUAAUGUCACUGCUCCCGCUUGCCCUCUUUCUUCCUUUUUGCCAUCCAACUCCUGCUCCUUCUGCGGGAAUGAAUCUACUACUUUUCCGACCCUAUUCCUGACCCCACUCUUGUUCCCACUUCCACUCUUUCCUCCCUUCAGGCUCCGCUCCCGCUCCCACUCCAUAUCUCUUGCAGUACGGUAUCUCCUAUUCAAACUCCCACUCCUGCUCCCACUCUGCCUUGUCGAGGCCUAUUGUUGCGUUCUAGCCUUUGUUUUGGGUGAAGUGUGCAUGGUGUUGUUGUGUUCUACUGUCUGUUUUUGGUGUGUGUGUGUAUGUGUGCGUUGUGUGUGUGUGCACAUCCAUAAGUCACCCUACCUCAAGCCAGUGGUGCCAGCCCCCCCUUGACACAUACAGCACAGUCUGUCCAAACCCUAUUGCACAACACCACAGCGAAAAAACACACUUUUCUUAACACAAAUUUCCAUUCCUGUUCAACACCCAUCAAACACAUCGCCACCCCAAGCUCCCCCCCCCACUUCUGGUCAUCUUUGUACAGUGGACCAAAAGUAGAUAUUUUCUGAUAUUCAAAGAAAUAUAUAAAAAUCUAGAUAUAUAUGUAUAGAAUAUAUAUAAUAUACUUCUACAGUACAUUUAUUUGUUGCUUUUGAUGGAUGUGAUUGUUGCCAAGGUAGCUGAUGUACGUAAGUAGACUGUGAAAAAGGGAAGAAAAAAAAAGGCACAUGGACUACUGUACCAUCUAUACUUGAAAUGUUAAAGCCUUCUAAUGUUGUGGACACUACUGAGAUUAAUCCUCCUAAAUAGGAACUUUUUUUGUUUUGUUUUGUUUUUUUGUUGGAAAAUGGUCUGCACCAUUUCUCUGCGAUUAUUUAUUCUAUUUAUUGUGUUUGGCUCACCACGCCCAUGCCAUACAGUCAGUGGUCCUGUUUUAAGGAAUGAUAACCCUGCAAAAAGUGCAGAGCUACUGUACAGAAGGACCAGGUGUAAUCUUUUUGUUUGUUUGUUUACUUACAAUUUGUUGGCCUUAAAGGAGGUCAAGAUAUGCGUCAGACAGGACUGCACUGGAUCUUUGCCUUACUCUUACACAAAGCUUCACCAACUGUUGAGAUGAACAGAAUUCUUAAGAAAUUAAGUGAUGAGGCUUUGCGUUGUGAUUUUAAUGUAAAUCUCAGCUCCCUUUGUUGUAUAAAUCCACAACACGUCGAUGGUAAACUUAUUUGUGCCUGAUUAUCGGGGGGGGAAAUGGCUUUGCUUUCUUCAAAAUCGUAUGGAUGUGCUUUCUGGUCUGUGCUGCUAGAUUUUUUUUUGUUUGUUUUACAUUUUAGUGCCAGACAGUGAUUUUUUAUUUCUGAGUCUUAAAAGCCUCACACAGGACUAAUGACAAUGCUGCCAACACAUUUUUAUGUGUUAUUGUUUAAAAAAAAUGUAUUUUUUUCUUGUUGGAUUUGUCUGUACUAAGAAAAUGUCCUAGCAGAAAAAAAGCUGUUUCUUUUUUGCAGCUUCACUUGACCCAUAGCAAGACUCCAGUGCCUUUUAACUCCCCCUCCAAAACCGACAUACGUUUUUGGGUCUAUGCCAUCAGAGGCAUUUUGUUGCAAGGACAGCAGCAUGGACUUGAUCUGAGCUGGAUUAUUAUUUAUUGUAACGAGUGUGAUAGAUGAUCCCUAAAGUUUCUUUUCUCUUUAAAUUUGUAUAGAACUAUCAAUGGGAGUCAUGUAAGUAAACAUUUCUUUAUUCCUCAUAAUGAUGGUGAUUUUUCUUGGUUUUGUUUCUGGAUGCUGUGAUCUGUUUUUUUGCUUGGUUUUUGUAGAGGUUUUCAUCAAGUGCCAUUGGUCUUAGUGAGUUGUGGCCAUCUGUAGCACGCUCGAAUGCAAGCACAAGCAUUUUGGCAGUGACGUUUGGGAGCUUUUGUUUAUUUUAGACAAAAAAAUGUAUAUAUCAUGAAGUUAAGGUUUAUUUAUUUGUCCUGACCAUUUGGUUAUUUUCCCCUCUUCUUAUAUCUGAUAUAAUAUAUACACACCAAUUCCAUGUCUUUCUUUCUGUGUGCCGUUUUUCCCUCAUAUAUACAUAUAUAUAUAAAUAUACAUAUAUAUCUUUUCAACUUGGCGAGCGUGUGGGGUAAUUUGUAUCGUUGUAUUUUGCAUAAAAACAAGGACUUUUAUAUUUAUAAAAGACGUUAUCAUUUAUUUAGUGUGUCGUAUUGCUGACUAUAGAAACCUUAAAAAAAAAAGAGACACAUGUAGUUUGUUUUUUCUGAAUAUUUCAGAUCUCAGCUCAGGCU